AUGAGUCCGGGUCAAGUGUGCGCACGCUGUGCUCGUAUUAAACAACGAUGCGACGGAGAAAGCCCCUGUUCGCGAUGUGCCCGAUUGGGCCAUAUUUGUGAAGAAAGAGGGAGUAAAAGUCCGCCUCGGACGUAUCGGAGGCCUCGGGCGUCGCGAUCAAGGGGGGGUUGUUUUUCCUGCAAGUCGAGGAAGAAGAAAUGCGACGAGGUCAAACCCCGAUGCAGCGAUUGUCGACGGCUGAAUCUGCCAUGUCGAUGGAAUGAACCGACCGAAGCAUCCGAUAUAGUUCUAUCCUCACCUCUAUCCGAUGACACUAUCGACGAACCAAUUGUCGACCCGAUUUUCGAUGAUAUCUUCCCAGACACCAUAUCCCUCCUAUCUCUGCCUGGAUCGACAAAUCCGCAUCUCCGGACAGACGACGAUCGGUCCCUGUUCAACCACUACCUCCACACCGUCGCCAGGGCUCUCUCCCGAUCUGACAAUCCCGACGGAAACCCAUUCCUGGCGAUUCUACUUCCUAUCGCCGCUGCGUCGGAUGCAGUGAGUAGCAGUAUUCUCGCACUGAGCGGCUGUCACUGGAAGCGAGUCUAUCCGAGUAUCUGGAACUGUGCGCUUAGACGACAAGGACGAGCAUUGGCUCAGGUGAAUACUCUGCUGACGCUAUCCGAUCCUCAAUCGACUCUUGAAGCAUGCACGGGUGUUCUGCUUCUGUGCCUGACGGAGGUGUUUGAUGGCACUUCUCGUGCGUGGAAAUCGCAUCUCAAAGGCGCCAGUGCGAUCUUGAAAGCACCAAAAAUGCAGGGGAUGGCGUCAACACCUGAGUGGUCAUUUUGCAUCACCCUCUUCCACUAUCUCGACUCCAUGUCGACGAUAUCGAGAUGUAAACCUCCUCUGCUACACACCGGAGAGGGGAUAUUGGAUCUAACCUCGCUGAAUCGGAGUGCUCCAUCUUUCGAAAGUGACGGAUCAGUUGAUGCAAUAUACGGCAUCUCACCUGCUCUCUUCGACUUCCUCGGCAUGGUGAAUCUGCUCGCAAACCAUCGCAGUCGACGGGUGGACGAACUGGCAAAUCUUGGAUUCCAAACUGCCGCAGCCCAUAUAUCACGGCAGAUACACGAAUGGAGAAGCGGAUAUGAAGCCAUCGUAGACAAAGAAACGGAUUCGGCGACUACAGCCUUUGAAUGGGCGAUUCGCCUCCGUCUGCAUCAGAUCGUGAAUGGAUAUGCUGCUCAUCCAAUAGUCGAAGAGAGUGUGAAUAUCAUCCUCGAUGCGGUUUUGGAAAUUCCCUACGCAAGUAAAGUCGAAGGAUGCCUUUUAUUCCCGCUGAUGAUAGCCGGUGCAGCGAGUGUGAGCGUUGAACGACGGAUGAUGGUGAAGGAAAGGCUGAUGGUGAUGGAGAAUACAUUAGGCUUUGGACAUAUCCAGUCUACGAGGAUGCUACUUGAACGAAUCUGGGAGGGGGAGAUGGAGAUGAACUGGGCGAGUGUGCGAUAUACGCAUUUCCCGGGGGUUGUCUUCGUCUGA